GGUAAUCACUCCUGUUCUUGUGACUGAAGCAACAGCAAGCAUUCUACCGUUUCUGUUCGAUAUUCCCCCCAAAAUGUCUUACCGGCACGGAACCAGACACACCGACGCCGACUUUAACGGCGAUGAAAAUAGAAACAAGGGUCCUUCAAAGUGGUCCAACUGCCGUAAACGAGGCGCGGACGGCAGCCUGAGGCCCCACGUUGAGCCGGAACCCACCGACGAGAAAGAAAGCAUACGCGAGAACUCAGACGGCAGACCAAGCAGCUUCACCACCCCAGAGGGAGAGGGACCCAUGUCUCGCUGUGCUGACUGGGGCUCCGAGGUGGACGAGCACGAGAUGAGGUCCAGCGUACGGCGCGACAUGCAACGUUACAGGAGGAGGAUACUGACGGCUGAGUUCUCCCAGAGGGAACGGAAGGCCUCCACUGAAAGCUCGGACUCUCGUGAGUCUCCUGUCCCUGCAGGAGAGAUGGAGACGGACGAGUCGGUGCUGCUGAGGAGACAGAAGCAGAUAAGCUACGGCAAAAACACCCUGGCUUACGACCGCUACAUCAAGGAAGUGCCCAGACAUCUGCGCCAGCCUGGCAUCCACCCCCGCACCCCAAACAAGUUUAAGAAGUACAGCCGUCGCUCCUGGGACCAGCAGAUCAAGCUUUGGAAGGUCAAGCUGCAUGCGUGGGACCCCCCAGCGCAGGAGGGAAGCGACCUGCAGGCCAUAGAGGAAUUAGACCUGGGAGAUGUGAUGGACAUCCAGCUGGAUGUAGACUUCCCUGGCAGCUCAGACUCCGGCACACCCUGUUCCAAAGUCAGCAAGGCCUCAGAGGAGUCGUGUUUAGGGACGCCCAGCAAGAUCAUGAAGACAAACCCAGAGCUGGACCUAGCCUAGCUACACUGCCCCCCCCCCCCCCCCCCCCCAUGUCCCCCUCUCCUCUGGGUGCUGGCCCCCAGGUAACAUGCAGCCUCACAGCCCUUCUAGAAAGUACUGUAAAUUAACAGGAUAAUACGAUCAAGCCCUUCUCUUGACUGGCUCAACUGUAAAUAGUUCUGGAAUGUUUCCCCGAUGUUGAAUUGAUGCUUGAAUCUCUUUUAGAACUGUUCAUGCUCUGGAUGUAUAAAUUAAAAAAAUGAAAAAAAGAAUGUACAAAAACAUGGUAAUUCUAAUGUUAUUGUUUUGCUUAAGUUUGUUUUAACUUGUUUGAAAAUACAAUAUUGUUCUGUACAUUUUCUUAAUAUUUUUGUAUGGAUUUUGUUAUGACGUUUCGAUUUUAUGAACAGAUCUUUUGAAAUAAAUAAUUAAGCUGGAAAA